ACAUAAUUUUUAUAAUAUCAAGUUGCAACCUUUUUUGUUUUUCCUCUUUACCUUUCUAGGAACCAUCGGUUUUUCUUCGAUUUGUUGAUCCGCUUUUGUUUUAAAAUAGUCUGUCAAUUGAUCUCUGUUCUUGAGCUAAUUUAGGUCACUGAUGAGUUGCUCUUGACUGAAAAACUUCCUCCCAAAGGAAAUUCCAAGUUUGGAUUUUUAUGAGAUGGGCUGUUGUCUAAAGCUGAAAAAAGGAAAUUUUUGAUGGUGAAAAUUAUAUACAUGAAUUUAUAAAUACAUAUAUACCGAUAUACAUAUAAUUUUGGGGUGGGUUUAUUGUUUUGAUUUGAUAUGGGUGGAUGUUUUCCAUGCUUUCGAUCAUCGAAAACUGAAGGAAAUAAUAGUGAUAAUGGGGUGAAACAAGUGGUGAAAAAGGAGUCUUUUAAAGAAGGUUCAGCAGCUCAAGCUCAUGGGAAUAGAGUGAAUUCAGAUAAAUCAAAAUCUCGUAGUAGCAAUGAUUCUAAGAAGGAAGCAACAAUUCCGAAAGAACCAACACCAAAUAUUGCUGCACAAACAUUUACAUUUCGUGAACUUGCGACUGCUACAAAAAACUUUAGGUCAGAGUGCUUGCUGGGUGAAGGUGGGUUCGGCCGAGUUUACAAAGGCCGGUUAGAAAGCACUGGACAGGUUGUUGCGGUUAAACAGCUUGACCGGAAUGGCCUUCAGGGGAACCGGGAAUUUUUGGUGGAGGUUCUGAUGCUUAGCCUCUUACAUCAUCAAAAUCUCGUCAACUUGAUAGGAUAUUGUGCUGAUGGGGACCAACGGCUUCUUGUUUAUGAAUACAUGCCAUUGGGAUCUCUAGAAGAUCAUUUACAUGAUCUUCCACAGGAUAAAGAACCGUUGGACUGGAAUACGAGGAUGAAGAUUGCAGCCGGUGCAGCUAAGGGACUGGAGUAUUUACAUGAUAAAGCCAACCCUCCAGUCAUAUACCGAGACUUAAAAUCGUCCAAUAUCUUGCUCGAUGAGGGAUAUUUCCCCAAGUUAUCAGAUUUUGGGCUCGCAAAACUGGGUCCAGUUGGCGAUAAAACUCAUGUUUCAACCCGGGUUAUGGGGACCUAUGGUUAUUGUGCCCCGGAAUACGCUAUGACAGGUCAGCUCACUCUAAAAUCCGAUGUUUAUAGUUUUGGAGUUGUCUUCCUCGAACUCAUCACAGGUCGCAAGGCUAUUGAUAACAAUCGUCCUCCCGGGGAGCAAAACCUUGUUGCAUGGGCAAGGCCUCUUUUCAAGGAUCGAAGGAAGUUUCCGAAAAUGGCUGAUCCUCUGUUACAAGGCUGUUAUCCAAUGCGCGGACUAUAUCAAGCACUUGCGGUGGCGGCCAUGUGCUUGCAAGAACAAGCAGCCACAAGACCUUUAAUUGGGGAUGUUGUUACUGCCUUGACAUAUUUAGCAUCCCAAACUUACGACCCAAGUACACCUACUUCCCAUAGUAACAGAGUUGGUCCUUCGACUCUAAGGCAUAGAGAUGACCGGAGGAACACAUCUGAUAGAAUGGAUGGCUUGGACGAGCCAGGUCGUGGGGGCCAAAACGGUUCCCCUUCCACCAACAAGAACUCUCCUGAUAUCAGAAAAAGAGAUUCUUUCCCGGAAUUCAACGCAGGUGCAGAGUUGCGAAGAAUUGAAACUGGUUGUGGAUCCGGGCGGAAAUGGGGAUUAGACGACACUGAGCAUCCCGAUUCCCGAAAAGACAGCCCUGUCAAUGUUGGUAGAGCUAGAGAAACAACAAGAAACCGUGAUCUAGACAGGGAACGAGCAGUUGCCGAGGCUAAAGUAUGGGGUGAGAAUUGGCGAGAGAGGAAGCGAGGAAAUGCAGCAGGAAGUUUUGAUGCUACUAAUGAUUCAUUGCGCUAAAGCCUUGAUAUGUCAUCUAUAUACUAGGAUAGCCAUUGUAUCUUCUGAGGGUCGUCAAGGGACAACGGAAAUGCAUUAUCUUGUACUGUACAGUUUCUGGUUCUGAUUUGUUCGAGGGAGGAAGGCUUGAAUCAAUGUCGAUGCUGUCUAUCAUCCUGAAUUCGGUUUAGAUGGAAUGCUUCAGCCAAAGGAUUUUCACUUGGGAAGAGGAUUAAUGUUGUAUGCAAUGUAUGUAUUUAAGGAGAUUUUCGGGAAGAUGUCUGAAUUAUGCUCCAUAUGUUAUUUUAGUGGGUUUUGUUCGAAUGUUUUCAAGUUCAAUUGAUCCAUGUUACAAUUGUUGUAAAGCUCCCAUGUGUUUGGAUUUUAAGAAUACACUUGUUUUCAACCUUAUAUAGAAGAGAGCUUUAUUCUUUGA